GGGGGUUGAUCCUAUUUUUUAUGAAUGAAUGCAUCCCUAUUUGUUCAUCAUUCAAAGGACCUAUUCGUAAGAAUUCUCUUUCAUUCAUUCCGCCUUUCUUUAUUUUAUGGCCUUAGUCUAUCUAUGUAUAAAAUAUGAUAAAGGCCCAUAUUAUUAAGACCAUUAUUACAUAUUAUUAAGAUAAGACCAUUAUUACGUAUUACAUUACGUAUUACGCUUCCACAAUCAAAGUGAAAUAUAAUAUUACAUAUUAUAAUAUUACAUAUUAUUAAGAUAAGACCAUUAUUACGUAUUACAUUACGUAUUACGCUUCCACAAUCAAAGUGAAAUAUAAUAUUACAUAUUAUAAUAUUACAUAUUAUUAAGAUAAGACCAUUAUUACGUAUUACAUUACGUAUUACGCUUCCACAAUCAAAGUGAAAUAUAAUAUUACAUAUUAUUAAGAUAAGACCAUUAUUACGUAUUACAUUACGUAUUACGCUUCCACAAUCAAAGCGAAAUAUAAUUUUACAUUCUUUUUACUUUAUGCCUGUUGGUAUUCCAAAAGUUCCUUUUCAAGUUCCGGGAGAUAACGAUGCAAGCUGGGUUGACAUAUACAACCGAAUUUAUCGAGAAAGAUUGCUUUUUUUGGGCAAAGAGCUUGAUAUCCAGACCUCGAAUCAACUUGCGGGUAUUAUGAUCUAUCUCAGUAUAGAGAGUAAUAGCCGAGACCUGUUUUUUUUUAUAAACUCUCCUGGCGGAGGGAUAGUAUCUGGAUUAUCUCUUUUUGAUACUAUGCAAGCAGUGGAACCAGAUGUGCAUACACUAGCCAUGGGAUUGACCGCUUCAAUCGCAGCUUUUCUCUUGGUCGGAGGAGAAAUUACCAAACGCAGAGCAUUCCUCACGCUCGGCGCCAAUGAGUUUUUUUUUUUUUAUUAUUGAUGGAAAGAAAAAAGAAGACUAUGCCUUCGCCAUA